AUGGGUGCCACAAGCGAUGAGCUGACGGCGUCAGCCAUCGUCGCCCCAGCCGUGUCUGGAUCGCACAUCCUCCGCAUCGACGGCUACUCCCGCACCAAGGGGCUCGGCAACGGCAAGUUCAUCGCAUCCGAGAAGUUCUCUGUCGGUGAUCAUUGUUGGUGUCUAAAGUACUACCCCGACAGUCACUGCCUCAAGAAUUCCGAUUGCAUAUCCAUCUUCCUGCAUCUUGCUAACAAUACUGUUCAUGAAGUCAAAGCCAUCUUCAGGAUUAGUUUGCUAGACCAAGAUGGGAACCCUUUGCCUUCAUUCAGAAAGCUGAGCACGCUGUGCAGCUUCUCCCGCAGCCAACAUUCGAUGGGCUAUGAGCUCAUCAAGAGGAGCGACCUGGAGGAAUCGGUUUACCUGAAGGACGACAUAUUCAGCGUAAGGUGCGAUGUAACGGUGGCAAAGGAGAUUUUCACCAAGGCCCUACCGAUUUCUGAUGUGUUCAAGUGA